AUGGGAGCUUCCCUUGGCUGAAUCAACUCAAGAUGUCCUCAAUGCCUACCUUUGUUGAGUAGCCUUCUCCUACAGUGGAUGUGAAGCCACCGUUAUCUCAGGAACUGAAAUGGCCAGACAGAUCUGUAAAGAAAUAUGUCAUGAGGUAGAAUCAUGGGUGUCCCUUGGGAACAGGAAACCUCAUCUCAGUAUCAUUUUAGUAGGAGACAACCCAGCAAGCCAUACCUAUGUAAGAAAUAAGAUAAAAGCUGCUACAGCUGUGGGCAUUGGUAGUGAAGUCAUUCUGAAACCUAAAGAUGUUUCUCAGGAAGAACUUUUGGACAUAACUGAGCAACUAAAUAUGGACUCAAGAGUUAGUGGUAUAUUAGUUCAACUGCCUUUGCCAGACCACAUAGAUGAACGGACAGUCUGCAAUGGAAUUGCACCUGGAAAAGAUGUGGAUGGGUUUCAUAUUGUCAAUGUUGGACGACUAUGUCUGGAUCAGCAUUCUAUGAUACCAGCCACUGCCUGUGCUGUUUGGGAAAUCAUAAAGAGAACUGGAAUUGAAACAUUUGGAAAAAACGUGGUUGUAGUUGGAAGAUCCAAGAAUGUAGGAAUGCCCAUUACAAUGCUUCUACACACUGAUGGAGACCAUGAAAGACCUGGAGGUGAUGCAACAGUGACAAUAACGCAUAGAUAUACUCCAGAAGAGCAGCUGAAGAUCCAUACACAGCUGGCUGAUAUUAUCAUAGUAGCUGCAGGUAUUCCAAAGAUGAUUACCUCAGAUAUGGUGAAAGAAGGUGCUACUGUAAUUGAUGUGGGUAUCAACCAUAUCCGUGAUCCUGUAACAGGAAGGACAAAAUUAGUAGGAGAUGUAGACUUUGAAGCAGUUAAGAAGAAAGCUAAGUUUAUCACUCCAGUGCCAGGUGGCGUGGGGCCUAUGACUGUGGCCAUGCUUCUGAGGAAUACCCUUCUGGCAGCCAAGAAGAUCAUUUACUAGACAGCUCCUGGUACCGGCACCGAAAUAAGACCGAUGUCAUGUGGCUUCUCUGUCAGUCAAGAGUCCAAACCUCUAUAUUUUACUACAAAGUUAUUUAUUUCUACAUUAUAUUUAUUUUUUGUGUCCGGAAUGGUUCUGAAUUGGGCAGCUCACAAAGUCUUAUGCAUUCUCUGCUAAUGGGUUAUUCUUUUAACUUUAGUUUAAUUUUAAAAAAAGCAAUGAUUGCUCUUGCCUUGUGGAUAACACUGGUUCAUUAAGAAAAAUUAAGUCACAGGAUGCUGAAAUAAUAAAGGACUUAGAGUCAGGUGACAGGUUUCUGAGAAUAUUCACAGCCAUGUCCUUAAAGGAAUUUUGGAUGAUUUCACCAUGUGCAUAGGAGACACCUAGUCUGUGGACAGCCUUUAAGGGAGAAUUUUGCUCUACUGAAUCAAAUACUUUCUUUUAUAGCCAACAGUCAACACAGUAGGAUCUUGUUUUCUGUCUCUUGUGUAACUAUUGAGAUGUGAUCCCCUAUGGAAUAUCAUUCAUGAAAGCCUGACUGUUCCCUUCUCAUGCCUACAUCAGAGAUGCUAUCAAAAUGUGUAUAGCUAAUUAAAGAUUUUGUAGAAAUGGCAAAA